CUAGCACAUUUUGGCGGAAAAGCCUGAGCAAGGUCUCUCUGUUACUGAUUGCUAAACCCUUUCUUAUAUUAUACACACUUCUCGAAACCCAUCGUUUCUCUGUGCCCUAGCGCCCCUUCCGCCACCGCCAGCCACCGUUGCCAUCGCCAUCGAUCGAACAUUCUCCGCCCAACUUCAGCAUCUUCAGGAGCAACUUCUCUGUUACUGGAUUUAGUUUUUGCGUGUGAAGAAAUCUCGGAAUAUUUUGAAUCCAAGAAAUCAUGCACGCGCCAGUUCUAGUUCUCAAGGACUCUUUGAAACGAGAGUCUGGAACCAAGGUACACCAUGCCAAUAUUCAGGCGUCGAAGGCUGUUGCUGACAUAAUCCGUACAACGUUGGGGCCCAGGUCCAUGCUAAAAAUGCUUCUUGAUGCUGCGGGAGGAAUUGUGGUUACUAAUGAUGGAAAUGCUAUCUUACGUGAAUUAGACCUUGCUCAUCCAGCUGCAAAGUCUAUGAUUGAAUUAAGUCGCACCCAAGACGAAGAAGUAGGAGAUGGAACAACAUCUGUCAUCAUUCUUGCUGGUGAGAUGCUCCACGUAGCCGAAGCAUUCAUUGACAAAAACUAUCACCCUACAGUUAUUUGCCGAGCAUAUAACAAAGCUUUAGAGGAUGCUAUUGCUGUUCUUGACAAAAUUGCAAUGUCUAUUGAUGCUCAGGAUCGAGCUACAAUGCUGGGGCUAGUAAAAAGCUGCAUAGGUACCAAAUUCACAGGUCAAUUUGGUGAUUUAAUUGCUGAUUUAGCUAUUGAUGCUACUACAACAGUAGGUGUUGACAUUGGCCAAGGUUUGAGAGAUGUAGAUAUAAAAAAUUAUAUCAAGGUUGAGAAGGUUCCUGGUGGGCAGCUGGAGGAUUCAAGUGUUCUCAACGGAGUUAUGAUAAACAAAGAUGUGGUUGCCCCAGGCAAAAUGAGGAGAAAGAUUGUUAACCCACGUAUCAUUCUUCUUGAUUGUCCCCUUGAGUAUAAAAAGGGUGAGAACCAGACAAAUGCCGAACUGCUCAAAGAAGAAGACUGGAGUCUAUUGUUGAAGAUGGAAGAAGAAUACAUUGAGGAACUCUGUAUGCAGAUUUUGAAGUUUAAACCGGACUUAGUAGUUACAGAGAAGGGUCUGAGUGAUUUGGCUUGCCAUUAUCUGAGCAAGCAUGGUGUAAGUGCAAUCAGGAGGCUGAGGAAAACUGAUAAUAACAGAAUCGCUAAGGCAUGCGGUGCUGUUAUUGUGAACAGACCAGAUGAAUUGCAGGAGUCUGAUGUUGGUACUGGUGCUGGGUUAUUUGAGGUUAAGAAAAUUGGAGACGAGUACUUUGCAUUUAUUGUCGAUUGCAAAGACCCCAAGGCUUGUACUGUACUAUUAAGGGGUGCUAGUAAAGAUCUCUUAAAUGAAGUUGAAAGAAACCUACAGGAUGCCAUGUCUGUUGCAAGGAACAUAAUAAAAAAUCCGAAGCUUGUUCCUGGGGGUGGUGCCACAGAGUUGACAGUGUCAGCUGCCUUGAAACAAAAGAGUUCAUCCAUUGAGGGCAUAGAGAAGUGGCCUUACGAAGCUGCUGCCAUCGCUUUUGAAGCUAUACCACGAACUCUGGCACAAAAUUGUGGUGUAAAUGUCAUCCGGACCAUGACUGCACUACAAGGAAAACACGCAAAUGGAGAAAAUGCAUGGAUUGGUAUAGAUGGAAAUACUGGUGUAAUCACUGACAUGAAGGAGCGGAAGAUCUGGGAUGCCUACAAUGUGAAGGCACAAACGUUUAAGACUGCCAUUGAAGCUGCUUGCAUGCUUCUGAGGAUUGAUGAUAUAGUGAGUGGGAUCAAGAAGAAGCAAGCCCCUGGAGCAGGCGCAGGUCCUUCAAAACCAAAGGUUGAGACUGAGGCAGAUGCUGACAGUGAGCAAAUCCUUCCUGACUGAAAAUUUAGUUCAACUGACAUUGCUUUUUGACAGAGUUGAAGAAGUGUGCUAGGGUCCUUGGGUCUGUUUUAAUCUUAUCGUUAUUCUUAGAAGCUUUGGGUCCUUGAUUGAGCUGUUGUUUUGUGCCUUGUACCGUUUGCCAGAGCGAAUUGUGAACUUUGAUGUUACGACUGGCGUAUGCUUUAUUGAGUGCUCUUGAUCCAUUAUUUUGAGAAGCUAUUCUGGCAUUUCAUGCUAUAAUGUUUGAUAUCGUUUUUCUACAUUUUCAUCAGAUAUUAUUUGUUUUAUUUGAAUUAUUAAUUGAAUGAAGUGGUAGUAACUAUUGAUAUAU